UUCUCAUCAAACUCUACCGCUUAUUGGGAAACAACUGCGGCCUCAAGUACCCACCAAACAGCGGCCCACUUCCUAUAUGUGACUAUAUCUAUAUAUAUAUAUAUUUCCAUAUAUAUAUAUUUAUAGUAUAUUAUACUAAUAACACUAUAUCUAUCUAUUCUAAUACCUUUACUCGCUACUUAAAUAGAUCCCAAACCCCCUUUCCUUCUCCUCCCUUCAUACUCUCUCUCUCUCUAUAUAUCUACUACUCUCUCUCUAGAAAUCAUGCGUAUGAGCUGUAAUGGUUGCAGGGUCCUCCGCAAGGGCUGUAGUGAAAACUGCAGCAUCAGACCUUGCCUUCAAUGGAUCAAAAGCCCAGAAUCCCAAGCCCAUGCCACCGUCUUCCUCGCCAAGUUCUACGGCCGUGCCGGCCUCAUGAACCUCAUCAACUCCGGCCCAGAACAUCUCCGUCCUGCAAUAUUUAGGUCACUACUAUACGAGGCAUGUGGGCGGAUUGUGAACCCGAUUUAUGGAUCGGUCGGGUUGCUUUGGUCCGGGAGUUGGUCGCUUUGUCAGAAUGCUGUAGAGGCUGUUUUAAGAGGUGAACCGAUUACCCAGAUUGCAUCCGAUUCGGCUGAGUGCAACAAUGGGCCACCUCUGAAAGCUUAUGACAUUCGUCACGUUCCCAAGGAUGAUAGCCCGGCCGGGUCGAGCGAGCUUCACCGGGUCAGGACUCGGUGCCGGUUUAAGCGGUCGGCGACGAAGACCAAGGUGAACCGGGUUUCGGGUGGGUCGGGUGACGAGAUGAACUGUUCCACGAGUCAUGAGUCGUCUUUGAGCCACCAGUCCGAGGCGGCUCCGAAUGUCGGUGGUGGUGAAAGCCGAGAGACGGAGAGCUUGGGUUCGGCUGAGACGGCUGAGGCUAACGUGUUGCUUGGGGCGGAGCCGGAGUCGGUGCCCGAGCCGACUGACGAUGGCGACGUUGAGCUUGAGCUGACCCUUGGAUUUAAGUCGUCUUCACGUGGUCCCAAGAAAACCAGACCUUGUGUAGCUCAAGAUUCGUCUGACGAUGGCGUGUGUAAGAUGGAGCUGGGGCUUGAUUAUCCGGUGUGAUCAAGACCACACUAAUCAUAAUCAGAAUUAGAGAUCAGUUUUGACGGUUCAGAUCAACUGCCUUUAUUUUUUCUUUUUGGUGUUCGUACUUCUUGUUUUUACCCUUUGUCCAUGUAUAAUUGUGAUUACAAAUAUAGAAUAGUAGAUAUCGGAAGCUGUUUGUUGUCUUGAAA